UAACUAGGCACCUUCUUAGUUGUUUCAAACAUUGUUUUCCAUUUAAUCUUUUAAUCUUAAUUAGAUCCUGAAGAUUGAUCAUGGAUUCUAUUUCAGCUUCAGAACAGCGCAUAGAGAAUAAUGUCAACAAUAAGCAGUUUCUUCCAAGAAAGCCUGCAAGACAACCAAAUCCAGUUGUAUAUCGAAAACUGCGUCGAGGAUCAGCUGCAGCCAGAAUUCCUGAGAAGCAAACAGAGCUUUCUACUAAGGAGUUAUUGAGAACUAUUGCGUUCUUGACAUACGCUAAUGGUACACAGCCUGACAAAGCAUAUAUCAACGAUGAGAGGGAAGAGUGGAUCACAAAUAGUGAGGACGAGCGUGAUGAAAAGGGAAAACAAGAAAUCGAGAUGUCAAUACAGAAAUUUAGCAACCACAACAACAAUGACUACAUCAAAAAGCAGAAAAAGAAAAGUAACCAUAUUGACAAGACAAAGGUAAACAAGGAAUGUUGCGGUGUUUCUCGUUCCCCCUCCCACGUGAUAUACGUGAAAGACACGAUCCAAACUUCAGGUUGCAACCAAGAACAAGGAUUAACACAAAAGUUUCACGCCUUUUGCAAAGCAUUUAUACAAUUCUGUUUAGAAGAGAUAAUUUGUCCACAAGAAGAUCGUGCUGCAUUGGCAAUUAAGUUAUAUGGGAUUCAAGCAGCACUUUUAUCAGCUUUGGGAAAUCCAUUUGAAAAUCUAUCACAAACCAUGGCUUCAAGAAACACUUCACAAAUACAUCUAGUAAGCUCAGAGAAAGCAUUUAUUGGUUUCUUACCAGCAAUGAUAUGGAGUGGAAUGAUCACAUUGAGCUUUUUAUACACAGUGAUGGUAGUUUGGUCAUUGAGUUAUCGGGUUCCUAUUAUCUCUAUGUUAUGUCUUUGUCUUCUGUAUUGUUUCUCUGUGUUGGUAGCUGCAGCUUCAGGGUUUAACGUUAUAUAUGGGACGUUUAGAAUUAGUGGCAUUUUAUUUGCUUCUUUAGGAGUUCUUACUUUUAUUAUCGUCCUUUUUGUUUUGAUCAUGUUGGUGCUUUUUGUUUGCUGGCGACGUACAGACCAAGUAGUGGGAUCAAAGUGACUAUUUGUUUUAGUAGCACCAUGGUAUUUUUUUUUUUUUUUGAAUCAAAGGGAAUUGUAUUAAUUCAAAAACAAUAAAGUACAUGGUGAUCGCUUGGAUCCAACCAGACAAAUAACAAAUACAGGGUAAACUACAUCAGUAAAGUAGCUAUAUGCUUUUUCAGCUUAUUCGUAUACCAGCCCCUAUAAACUAUAAUUUCCUUUAUAGUAUCAACUAUAUUUCUAUGAACAUUUUGACGAAAUACGACUUCAUUUCUAAAGGACCAUAUUUCGUAUAGUAUUUCUGUGUAGGCCAUUUUGAGAAGCAUAGCCUUCCAACCUUUCCUGUCAGUAUUAUGAAUCAACCAACGGACUUCCGCAUCCCAAUUUGUUGGAUUAUGGUGAAUAUUAAGCCAUUCAAAAACCUGAAUCCAAACCUGCUUUGUGACCACACAUUGAAAGAAAAGGUGAUCAAGAGUUUCAUUACUUGUCUCACACAGACUACAUUUCGAUUCUUGGAUAAAUCCAAAUCUUAUUAAUCUAUCCUUCGUGGGCAAACGACCAUGACAGAUCAGCCAAAGAUUCAUCACUGCCCUUGGCCUUGCUCGAUUACGCUGAAGCAAACUACACCAUGGGACAGUACCUGUAACCUCCAAACUAUUCAAAUACAUUUUCUUCAUCACAAACUUUCUCUCUUGCAUUUGUUUUUCCCAAUCAUGAUGAAAAU